AGGAAAAUGGCUGGAAAACAAAUAAUUAGGAAUGUCAUUAAACGACAUAAAUGCCAACCAUGCGCAGACCAGAAGAAAAAGAUAGUGGCGACAGCUUGGUGUACAGAAUGCCAGGUGGGUUUGUGUAGUAACUGUCAUAAACACCAUGAUUCACUGAAACUAACGCGGUAUCACCACGUCAUCAGCAUGAGAGCAUUCCAAGCAAAGAUAACUACUGGACAAUUAACACAAAAGAUGGAGAAAAUGCAAAUCAAGGAACAUCAGCAGAAACAGAAAAUUAAAAAAAAUAACACACAACCAGAAGAUUCAACAACAGGAGAAACUCUUACUGAAUCCGAUCCAAUUGAUUUUAUUUCCGAUGAUAUCGAUAUGAAAGCCAAGAUGGAUUCGGUAAAAUUUAAGUAUUUUCGUACAAUUGAAAUUCUCAAGGGUGACAAAACAUCUGUUAUCAAAGAUUUAAAAGUUCUCAGCAAUGAACACGUUGUCAUGAUAGAUGGCAACAAUAACCGGAUACUGAGUUCUGAAAUCGAUGGCAUAAAACAAAACGAAUUUAGACUUCCAGGCAAACCAUAUUGUCUGGCAAUUGCUCCCGAUGACACAGCUGCAGUCUCUCUAUAUGAUAAUGGAAAAGUUAUAAUGGUUGAUAUUUUCAAGCGACAAAUCUUCCGAGAAAUUGUUAUCACUUGUUUUGGUUUAGUGUUUACUCCAGAGCACCUUAUUCUUAAUUGCGGGAAAACAGGAAUUAAGGCUAUGGAUAUGAAUGGCGACGUGUUUGCAGUUAUACCAGAAGUUCGUGGUGACGGUUGUCUUUACAUUGGCCACGACGGUAAUGUAUAUUGUAAUUCAUGCGGAUCCAAUCAGAUUAUAAGUUGUAACAUACGCAGACGUUUAGUCAAAACUUUUACGACAUUAAGUAUUGAACACCCAUUAGGAACAACAGUCGACGACGAAGGAUUUGUUUACGAAGUUGGCGUUCAGUCUCCUAGCUCCAGUAUUAUAAGUCACGAAGGAAGCAAAGCUUCAGAGAGUAUCCAUAUGAUCAGUCCGACCGGAAGACAUCACCGAUUGGUGCUCACAAAACAAGAUGGUGUCAAUAAUCCGUACGCCGUUUUUUACGAUAGUGAGAGAAAAAACUUACUCGUUGCAAACAAUUUUGGAGAAUCAGUUGUGAUAUAUAGAAAAGAAGAUGAGUUUCACAAAUGAAGCAGUAAUCAUCUAUACCUGCUAUCGCUGCAAUUUUCACCAUAAUCAUCUUUAUAAAUUUUAUUGCUUUGAAUUUCAGAAGCCUACUGACAUGGUUUAUUGCGAAAUAUAAAGUUUAUGAUAACCGUUUUAUCGUUUUGAAAUCCUUCUGAACAUAUUUUGAUUUGAAGCAGAUUUUCGUAGUGUAUUAUUUAAAAAAAAAAUACAAAUUCGAGAGAUGAAAACAAAAAAUUAUCAUUUCAUAUUUCAAAAUCGUUUAGGGUUAUGAGUUUUA